UAAACAGUGGCCAGCCUUCACAGCGCCCUGCCAUCUGGCGCCCCUCAGCUCUACUGCGUCACCAAAGUUUUGUACCUUAUCCAGAAAUAUUAAGUAAAGAGGAAAUUACUUUUUGAGAAGGAAAACACAGAAAGAACAAAACAAACAGUACACAAAUUUUAGAGAAAAAGAGAAUAUAAGAAGGUUUUAAUCUUGAAGGUAAGAGGAAAUUAAUAAAGAGAAACAUAAGAGACGUUCCUUCCACCAAUAACCUGUAGAAUCUACAUUUUUUCAUAGAACCUGUUGUCUAUGCGCCAUCAACACUAUAAAGCAAGCUUUUUCGACAAUUCCAUAUCUUUUUGGUCUAAUCAAUUUUUACCACUGAUCCCUCCUGACAGUCUGUCAGUCCAGUAUAGAGCCAGAAACUACAAAUAACUACUUUUAUCUGCUUUUCAUCCCACAACCAUCAGAAACUAAUAAUUUGCAAUAAAAACAAGAAGCUACUUAUGAAAAGAUAAAUCUACCAGGAAAAAAUGUGCCUUUACAAAUAAGUAACAGCACCUUGUGAGUGAUGGCAUGGGAUGGCAUCAAUCGCUACCAGUGGCUGAGUGGAAUCUCCUUGGCAUUACUCUCAGCUGACCUAAUACUCAAUGCUCUCUUCCAAGUGUUCUCACACAACCACCUUUUGACACUCCUCAUUUACAUAAUUCAAGAUGUGUGUCUUGUAUUUUCGCUUAUUCUUCUGUGCCUUGCAUUGUUCUCCACAACAUACACUCAGGCAGGUCUUGUUGAUGAGCUUCUUCAAAGGUUCCUCUGGUGUAUAUGUACAGCUGUGGCUUACCUGGGCCUCUCCCUUGGUUUCCAUUCCUGGUCGCUGAAGCAAGUGUGGCUGAAAUCUGAUGUUUAUAUUUGGUCACAUGGCAUGGUGUCCCUCUUCACCCUUCAGAGAACAGUUGGAUGUCUCCAUUAUUAUCUCUAUAAGAAGACAAUAUUGCAGUUAUCUGACAAGACUUUCUACAGUGCACUUCCUGUUGCUGUCUUCAAAUAAUUAAAAUUCAUUGUAAUGAU